ACUAUAUCGCCAAUCACGGGCGGUUUCCGGAACCUGAGGCUCGGGUAAAAUUCAUGGACGUGCUUCAUGCGGUCGAUCACAUUCACUCGAUGGGUAUCGUGCAUCGGGACAUCAAGGCCGAGAAUUUGCUAUUCGAUGCCCAAAUGCAUAUCAAGCUGACCGAUUUCAGUUUUGGCACACAUUACUCCUCAUCCGCGUCGCAACCGCUUCUAACCACCUGGUGUGGUAGUCCACCGUAUGCGGCCCCGGAGAUUUUCAAAGGCGAACCCUAUGUGGGUACGAAAGCAGACAUUUGGGUGAGUUUCAGUUUCAGUUUGUCCAGUUCGAACGAGUCCAAAUGGGCGGCCAUUUUGUCCCACUGUUCCGCAACAAUGGGAGCACAUCUAAUCGAUCAAAGGAGAAUUCAUCCGCCCCCCGACAUCCUCCCCUCCCUCCCUCAUCAUUUCAUAAACAGUGUCCGAAUUAGCUGGAAAAAAGCAGUUGACCAGGAUGUUUCUUGA